GCCAAUCCAUUUCAGGUGUACGGAAGUUAUUCCCAUUUGCAUCCAAAGAAGAAUCUGAGGCGGUAGGGCCGCGCGCGGACAUAAUAAUAAUAACAAGAAUCUGAAAUGACACGCCUACAGUAGCCUGCUGUUGUGAUUCUUGGAGGUAGCUGUCGGUUGCACAACUAAAAGUAUUUCGAAUUGGUGAAGCUGAAGGUAAUCGUGCUAACGGCUAGCUCUUUGUUGUUUAUCGGAUUGAGGACUAUUUCUAGUUGAAGAAACAGAAAAAUGAAGAGAUGAAGAUGCAGCUUGUUGCCUUUGCGACCGCGGGCGUGAUGUCUUUAUGUGGGGUUGUGAGACAGCGUUUCUGACUGAGCCUUGCGUACUAGUAGACGAAGACGACCGUGCAGUUGUCGACGGAGACGACCGUGCAGUUGUAGACGAAGACGACCUUGCUUCUGGUUGACGUAUCUACUUCAGCCAGAAAGUGGAAGCUGAGUGACCCUGUAGCUGCCACGAAUACUGAAAAAACAAUAGCUAGUAGAAGAAGAGGAAGCAACAGCGUCAGCGACCAACCCAUCGUCUCGCGGCAUCUCUAACAGAAACGAGAGCUGUACCUUACCAUUCUCAGCAGCCGGGUAGAAAAACGUGGACUCACUAAAAAUUCCUGCGAAGCAGGAUAAGGACAGAGGUACAGGUGCAUCACAGUAGCCCGCCUCCCGGAGAACGUCGUUUAGCUAAUCCUACCAGCAGCGAAGACACGACACAUCAUUCUGGCGCGGACAUCCACGUUUACUUCAAUCCGAAACUUCAUGAGAUUCCUUCGAAAGCUUCCCCUCUAAGUCCUAUCCUAGUACAUCUCCGAAGAACUGCUCUUCAAACCUCGACAUCAACUUGAAUCAAGAUGUCGUCCGCGGCUUUGAUGAUGGGAGGCGGUGGCCUCCUGUACAUGAUGUGGUCGUCUGGGAGCAUAAUGCCACUCAUCUACUGCUUCUUGGGCCUCUUUGUGCUUCUGGUGGGGCAGCUGAUCAUAAAUCAAGAGAAGAUAGUGUACUUUAUAAAUAUUACUUUCACCUCUCUUUCUUGGUUGUUAGACGUGGUUUUGGUUCUAGUACAAGACCUUUUUAACAAGAAAAUCAACUUUGGCUUCAGAACUUGGAAUUACUUAGCACUUAUUUGUUAGGGAGAGCAUGAGCAUCAUGAUUUUGAUUACAAACGUACUUAAUUAAAAACAGGUACGUCCCGGAACCCAUGCCAGGCAUGAUAAGACCGGAGGACAAUCCAGAAGGCUUUCGGUCGCCAGGAGAGCAUGCCUUGAAAUAUGAGGACGUGUAUAUGAAAACCACUGACGGCAUAACGAUUCACGCCUGGUGGAUGCCGGCAGGAGCAUCAGGCGCGACUGCAGCCAGAAAUGCGCCGACGAUAUUGUUCUGUCAUGCGAACGCGGGGAAUAUUGGGAUGAGACUGCCAAAUUUCGCAGACCUAGUGAGGAAGACGGGUUGUAAUGUGCUUGCGUUCGACUACAGGGGAUUCGGGAAGAGUGAAGGUGUUUGAUUAAACGUUAAAUGUAAAAUUACGAUUUUGGUGUACUCUUCACGUUCACCUGGUGGGGGUAAAGAAGAACAUCCUCUCUCCCAAGUCUUUCUUUCUCUUGAAGAACGCUCCACGUUCCCUUCCACGUGUUCAUGUCAGCACUCCCUCUCAGGUUCUCCAACCGAAGCGGGUUUAAUCCAAGACGGUCUUGUCUGCCUAAAAACUCUCCGUGAGAAGUUCGACAUCGCGGAGACCUUCCUUUUCGGUCGCUCACUUGGUGGGGCAGUCGCAGUGGGUCUAGUAAAGUGCGUCGAGGAAUUUGCCCCAGAGCAGAGAGCGCAGUAUCCUAAGAUCAAAGGGGUAAUGCUGGAAAAUACGUUUACCAGCAUUAGCGAUUUAGCGGACAAAAUAUUCCCGUUUUUGAGCUACCUAGGUUGGGUCAAAGCGAAAUUUUUGAGGAUAAAGUGGGACACGGAAAGCAAAAUCCAGACGUUGAGCAAGACUUCGGGGACCAAGGUACGGUGAUAGCUCUUUAAUUUAUUUCGUAUGUGUUCAAUCAUCGGUUACGAUGCAGAAAUUACGUAUGUGUUCAAUCAUCGGUUACGAUGCAGCCGUUCUCAUGCAGUCUAGGUACUACACACAGUUUAGAGCAGACCACAACUCUUCAUCUGCAACGAGGCAAGGAAGAAGUUUUUCAAAGACCACCCUUCUGUAAUAUAACAAGAACAGCCACUUCAAUCAUCUCAAAAACAAAAUCAUCUACAACUUAUUUGAACUCACGACGUCCAUCUUCUAUCCAGACCAUCCUUCAGUUUCUUUUCCUCGUCGGCGAGAAGGACGAAUUGGUACCGCCAGCACACUCCAAGAGACUGCAUGAGAAGUGUCCUUGUACUUCGAAAAUCGUAACGUUCAAAGACGGCAUGCAUAACGACACAUACCACAAAGGUGGAAAGGAAUACCAGCAAGUGGUACAGGACUUCGUGCGCUCAUAGGUGAAGGCUUUCCUGUAGUACACCUCAACAGAAUAUUACUCAUAGUCUUGCUCCUCCCUCUAUGUGUAGCAUUUCCCAAAAUGAAUCUUCUCGUAGUUUGCUUGAUCAUUUUGCCCGCCUGAAAGAAUGCUCAUUUGGUACUACUAGAAUGUCAUCUGCGCUGCUCAUGCUCAUUCGAUGAGUACCCCCUCGUGUUUUUCUCAAAGAACUAACUAUCUACGCACGCACUCACAUCCUCACUUGGCCGUUCGUCCUCGCACCCUCCAGAACACCAUCACGAGAAAAGGAAUCAUAGCAAAAAUGACAACUACACGAUGAAAGAACACGUCGUGUAGAAGAAGCUCUCAACGUCAGCAACGAGAAUUAUAUUCCGAUGUGAUUUUUUAUAAGGUCAAGAAUUUGAAUUGUGAAGCCAUGAGAAGAUAGAUGAGUGCAGCUAAAAAUCCGAACAUACCAGACCAUGUUCUACCGUCGGG